AUGCGGCUACUCGGUUUAGUCCUUGUGGUUACAGUAAUCGUUGGAUUUGGUACGGCUACUGCUGUUGGGGUGACUACUAAGAAGGGUUGUAGGACGAAAGCUAAGGCUUUCGCCGUUGGAACCCGAAGUGCAAAUGGGAUUGACGCAGUGGAUUUUGAGGACAGAACCCUUCGAAAACCAGUUCAAAAGGUGUAUUUUUGGCCGAGUCUAACAGAUUUCGAGAAAACCGUCCUUCGUGACGCCUUCAAUCAAAUCGGAAGAGUACUUCCAUGGUAUCAUGCCGAUCGAUGGGAUUCCAAUUCUCCGCAUGUGCUGAUAAGAAAAUCUGGAAAAUUCGCGGCUUAUUCAGAUGCAGUCGUUGAGGGACUCGUAGAUAGAACGAUUCUCUACGUGGCACAGUCUUCGUUUGAACCAUCGAAUUUCAAUAAUUCCAGAGGAAUGAUUAUGGAUCAAUUGGUUCGGUUUAUGGGACUACAGAGGGAACUGUAUCGGCCAGAUGCGGUGUCUUAUGUACAAGCUAUUGACGGCGGUAUCCCCAAUCUCGGCACUCCAGACUACAAUCCAAUCCAACUAACAUGGCCAUUCGACCCUGAAUCCAUUACCGUACCUCUAUGGGCCCGCGAGAAGUUCCGCCUAACAGCCUACUGUCCAGCAAGGAACGAUGCGGAUAUUGGAGCCGGCCAACGUGUGGGAUUGCUCACAAAAUGGGAUACUGUCAAAUUAAACAGUAUGUAUUGCCCAGAAAGAAUCGGAGACGCCGAUCCGUCUCGUGGUCCAUGUGUGGUCCCGAGGGCAAAAGACUUGGAUAGUUUUAAGAAACGACUAUGGGCUUAUAAAAGGCUAUUGGCAAAAAACACGAAACGAAAGGCGAAGAAGGCGAAGGCGAAGGUGGCCAAGAAGCACAAGACAGUUUAA